UCUUAUUCAAUGUUCUUGUUUUCAGAGUCCACUUCUACAACAGCCAUGUGACGCUGAUUUUGGAACGAAAGUACGCAAAGAAGGACCGAAAAUAGUUGUGCCGAUGUGUUUAAGAACUGUCGGAAAGUUAAAUAAGCUUUUGGAUGGUGAAUACCAUUUCGGUAUCUUUGGUCCAGCAAAGUAUAAGAAAGUG